AUGUUACGAGAGAAUAGGCUCGUCGUUUACUAAAGUUAAUAGAUGUACGUUUAAAGAAUUAUUUCAUGGCAUAUCUUGAUAAAAUGCACGUGUUAUCUUGCUCGCUUUUUACAUUGCAAUUACCGAGAACAAUCUUUGCUCCUUAUUGGUAUAUGUAUUAUAGAUACUUGUCAUGGUAUCUCGUUUUUGAUCCUUGAAGUUAACGCCAGUGUAUUUAUUCAGUAAAGUCCUGACUAAUAAUUAGUGAGCUAUACAAUAAUGAUGGUGCCAUGAAGUGUCACCAUGUAAUGAUGACAUUACUGUGUGGUACACCAUCAUCUCAUAGUUCCUCUGAAAAAGUUGCGUGUCUGUGAGUGUGAAGUGUUUGUGAAAAUUUUUGCGUUACUUCAUCGCCGGAUCGAAUUGCUCAGGAAAAAACGAGUAUAUACCAUUUUAUAUCGUGAUUCAAAUAUCAAUAAUACUCAUCAUAGUUUUAGUUUACCUAGGCUCGAUCGUAUCAGAACUUACGAUCAUCGUAGUACCUACGAUCACCGUACAAACAAAGUAUCGAGAAUGCAGCGUCUGUCCAUAGGACAGCUGCUGCAGUGACACCAGUGGCCGAUGGUGCGGCUAGUGACCACUAACAGCUACUGUAUUAGCACUAGUAUUGGUUACGCUACUAGUGGCGUAGUGACACACUUUAAUGAUGUUCUCAGUGAGAGGUGGUUCUUAUUACUCAGCCCUCAUUGAGCCCCGGGACGACAGUGCACAGCCUGCCACCAAGGGCGGCCUAGACACGUCCUUAUAUUCGGGCAAGGACGUGUUGUGCGGUCAAGCCCUGGAUCUGAACAGGAAAGACAGCCUCAUCACACCUACCACGACGUCCACGACCAACACGACCACCUCCACUCACAUUAUCUCGACCACUACCACUUCUGGGGGAUCUCUUCAUAACAACAGCGGCUCCAACAACCUCCUCAACAACAACAACCAGCUUAAUAGUGACCACCACAGCGGCGGCGGCGGUUCGUCCACUCCAGGUCUUCGUUUCCAGUCUACUAGUUUGGACAGUUCGAACAGUUCCAGUGGAGGUCGUUCGCUCCUGUGCACUUCCAGCGGAUCUUCUCAUAAAUCCAGCUCUUCUUCACCUCUUUCACUUAAUUCCAUAAAAGCUGCGUGGAAGUCCCUUACUUCCAUUACGUCUUCUUCAUCAUCGUCUUCUAAGUUACCUCAUCUGGAACGUCAGUCUGACUCUGGUCAUUCUCCGGGAUCUUCAGGCAGCGGCGGACAACAAGCAUCAGGGCACUCGAGCCAACAAGACUACCGUUACACUCAAGUGCCGACAUCGUCUGCUUCAGCGCUCCACAUCCUUGCUAACAAGCGACACAAGGACAAUAGUAGCUCCUCUAGCCAGCAUCAGAGCUUGCACAAUACCCACAUCUAUCUCACUCCUGCAUCACGCUCCUACACCCACCCGCAUCGUUCUCCCUUGCAACCAGCACCAACAUCUCACAUUCACCACAACCACGGUCAUCACCAGCAUUUGCCUGGUUCUAGCCACCACAUUAGUUCGUCUUUUAGAGCCACAUUAUCAUCACAUACAUCAAGAUCGAGUAACUUCUCAGGCAGCUCCGUGUCUCGAGCCACAGGCGAAGCUCUCACUCUCGCCAAGUGUCUACGGAAGCAUCGAGAAAAGCAACAAAAAAUCCACGAGCAAGCGCUCACUCGCAAGUCAAAGUCAGACAAUGCCUUGCAGAAAAUAGGCGUCAAUCUCAAGUCGCAGAGUGAUCAGAACCUGCACAAAGUUUGGCUGGUGGGCACCGGGGGAAGUCAAGCGAGUUGCUGUGUCACCAACAACUCCAUCUUCAGCACCGUACAGCUCUCGGGAGGUAGCGGCGACAGCACUGCCAGCGUCGCAAGCAGCAGCAACAGCAACAGUUCUUACAGGAAGAAGAGAAGAAAAUUGUUAGGUACAAUAGGAAUUGAAGAGGAGAUCAGAAGAAGAGAAGAGCAAGAAGAGAGAGAAGAGAGAAGUCGUUCCUUGGAGCGCCAUCACGGUCAGCGCAUAAGCAGUAGCAGCAGCAGCAGCGGCUCACGACGGCACACCAGAAGCUUGGAAAGGAACCACAAAUUUCGUGUUGAUUUACGGCACCUCAUCCCCUCACCGCCUCUGUGCCCUCAUCUCGAGCCCAUCCCUCCCGACCAUCAGGCUCCCUCACCUCCCACUCACACGGCCCCCUUCAUCCCCCACUCUAGCAGCACGAGCGGUAGCAGCAGUUGUUCCCAACAAAGCUUCAGCCCGUGUAUCGCCUCACCCUCGUUGGGGAGCUACCCUUCCUCAAGUGGCGGCAGCAACACAUAUUCCCCGACACCCCACGACACACUCGCAGUGGGACACUCUCGUCUGGCGUGUCUGACUGCGACAGCUGGCAAUCUGCUGAGCAACAGCUGGUGCAGCAGCAGCAGUGGCAGCAGUUCCUCAGGCGCCAGCAGCUGUGGAGUCGAGGGUAAGAUCACCAUGGAGGCUGGGGCGACCGGCGGCUCCUUCAUCAACAAGCCUGCGAGGGGCUGGCUCCAUACCGACACGCAGCUCGCCGACGGCUCCAUCACCUACGCCGUCAGGUACAUCGGGUGUCUGGAGGUCAACACGUCCAUGAAGUCCCUCAACUUCGACACGCGCUCCCUCAUCGCCAAAGAAUGCAUCAGCCGAGUGUGUGAGGCGGCUGGUCUUAAGACCGCAGACCGGCGUCGUAAGACCACCAAGACCAUAGGCCGUAUCCUGGGCGAGAGCCCUCUGAUGCAACACGCUGGCAGCAACGUUACCCUCGCCAUCACGAGCGCAGCCCUCAAACUAGCGCUGCUCGACACCGGUGCCCUCAUCGCCCACCACGACAUGCCUAACAUCUCCUUCGCCAGCGGCGGCGAUCCUGACACCCUGGACUUCAUCGCGUACGUGGCAAAAGACUGCAGGUAUGGACGCGCCUGCUUCGUGCUGGAGUGUGGGGGCGGUCAGGCGCAGAACGUCAUCACCAGCAUAGGCCAGGCUUUCGAGCUUCGUUUUAAAGAAUAUCUCAAGAAAACUCCACAGACGCAGGCCGGUGUUACCGCGGGUGUUGGAGCACUCACUUCUAACGCCUCCAACGUUCCUGGUGCCAACGGCAGCAUCCAGAACCUCAACCAUAAUGUGCAGGCACAGCCUGGCGUUAGCUACACAACUGUCAGCAAAGACAGGUUACCUGGCAACGCUCGCAACGACGACCCAGAAUACUAUAACGACCUCCCUGGCAAAGUUCCUCCCGACAUCAUCCCUCCUUCGGGCCAGCCUCCUCCUGUGCCCCCCUUACCCUCGUUGUCCACCGCCCCCCUCAAAGUGAACAACGGGUGUGGGGGCGUGCAAGCUGCCCUCGCUGCCGAGGACAAAUUCUGCAAUAACAACAGAAGCUCUGACCUCACGGCCGGGCCUCCUGCUGGGGACGCCCCUCGACCGCCCUCCGCUGCAGGAGUGGGUAACCUGAUCGACCUGAGCAACGGAGGGCUGGAGGGCAGCGUCGCGCAGGAGCCUGAGUACGUCAACGACGCCGUCAUCAAGCAGAGCCAACAGGCGGCCGCCGAUAAGACGACCAUAGCCAAAGAUCCUUUCGAUAUGCAGCCGUUCAGCGCGACGCUGAGCCACCUGGACGCUACGACGCCCAAGAGUUUGUCCCUCCAGCAGCGCCUGCAGCUCGCACAGGAGCUCUGGUACCACGGCCCCAUCAACAGGAAGCAGGCCGAGGACCUACUCAAGCAGGACGGAGAUUUCCUGGUGCGCGAGUCCCAGGGCACGGCGGGGCAGUUCGUCCUCACGGGCAUGCAGAACAGCGUCAAGAAACAUCUGCUGCUCGUCGACCCCAACGGAGUUGUGCGCACGAAAUGCCAGACAUUCUCGAGCGUGUCUCACCUCAUCAACUACCACCGAGACAACGAGCUGCCCAUCGUCUCCGCUGAGUCUGCGCUCGUCCUCAGGAACCCUGUCAUCAGAAGAACUACUCCGCCGAACCCUCGGUAAAGGCUGCUUGGUCUUAUGCCUCUGGCGAUCUUUUCAAUACGCUCUAGAAUUACUCUACCCCAUCACUCUGGCACUGCAACUCUGCAGUGAUCUUCAUAC